AUGCACGACCAACCCGACUCGAUAUGGCGUGGGAUACGCAGGCGGGAAAAGGCGCUGGAGAAGGAAGCCCAGGAGCUGCUGGACCUGCAAGCUAAUGGGCUCAUUGCCGGCAGCCCAGGCGUUGCCACGCCCGAGACAAACCUGGAUGAACACAGCGAUACGGGUAAUAGCACACCUACGGGAACUUUUUACUCCAGUGCCACGUCAAAAUCACGAAUGGUCAACUCACUUCAUAUGCCGGCACGAUCAACACCUGAAGGCAAUGUCAUACCCGUACGGCAGCCUAAAUCAUCUCGGCCCCAGGGCCUACGCUCAGCGCGGACAGGUCUGCGGAGGACCAUGUCGGCUCUCGCACAGCUCAAGGUUGAAGAAAGCACCCGCAUCGAGGAUGCCCUUACGGAGCGCAGGAGAGCCCUGAACCAGGUUAAUAAGCUGAUUUUGCGGCGAGAAAGCGUGUCAGCCGAGCUACGCAUCCUGGAGGAGGACGAGGAGGAGCCACUCGGGCAAGAAAUGCGUGAUCUCGGUGCCAAAUACGACUCGGUGACCCAGGAGAUACGCAAGCUAGAAGAAAAACUAGUUGGGAUGCGAAACCAGCGCCGAUGGCUGCGAGGCCGGAUGGAAGACGUCAAGAACAGGCGAGAAGCUGGUCUGAGCGGAUAUCGCGGGGCACUAAACGAUGUCGACUCAGAGGUCACGGCCAUUGUGACUCGGCCGCCUGUACAGCCGCUGGAUCUCGAGGUCAUGGGUCAAGAGGCCCGCAGCGUGGCUGCAUCAGCUGGCGGGAUGGAGUUCUUGCAGAUGAUACCAGAACGACGUACAGUCGAGAUGGCUAAGGCCUGGUGGGAGAGCGAGAUUAUGGUGCUGGAACGGCAAAGAUCACAGGCCGAUGCAGACCGCCAGGCGUUGGAGGAUGGCGGCGCCGUAUGGGCAGAGGUGACGCAGCUCGUAUCAGACUACGAAUCUCGGCUGCGACAGCUAAUGAAAGUCGAACAAUCUCCUGACAAAGGCAAAGGUAAAGAGAAGACGCCAUCACAAGAAGUAAUACGCCAACAGCUGCCGGAGAUGCACAAAAUUAUCAAGAGCCUGGAGCAACAUCAGCAGGUUGUCCAGGAGAGGGGCUGGAACCUGUUGAUAUGCGCUAUCGGGGCGGAGCUCGAGGCGUUUACCAAGGCGCAGGAGAUGCUUGAGGGUCUCCUCACAAACGAGUACGGUGGCCUAAAGGAUGCUGAACAAACAAACGGAGAAGGGGCUGGUGAUGGGAACAGGGACAGUCACGAUGAGAGCAGCGACAAUGAAGUGCCGGCUGAUUUACUUGUGUCACGAGCAGCCGAUAAUGUGGGCAGCACAGCACUGUCUGUGGCGAGUCCCCAAACUGGGCUUGAGCUGAAGAGGACAGAGAGCGCGGAUGAUGUGCCGGUCGAAUUUUUGGCCGAGCACAGAGAGAAGAUGGACUAA